CCCCCCCCCCCCCUCCCUCUCCAUUCUCCUUUCCGUUCCCAAGCAUAAGAGGAUUGAGUGAAUUACUGCUGCAAUUGGUUUCGUCAAUCUGCAUCACAACGUACUCCAAUUACGCCCUCAGUUGUACAUAGAAUUAUUUUUUUGGCACACUAUAUAUUGCGAGGAGGACACCUUCUACCAUUUUACAUCUCCGUCAUCUAGCACUUUAUUCAACAUAACCUUUUUCGCUCGCUCGCUCACCACAACCUGCCUGCCCAUACAAUGGGAGUAUGCUUAUCGACGGACGAAAAAAGUGACCGUGAUCGUAGCCAACAAAUCGACCGUCAGCUUGAAGAAGACAAUAAGAAGUUGAAGCGCGAAUGUAAAAUUUUGUUACUAGGAAGUGGAGAAUCCGGCAAAUCGACCAUUGUAAAACAGAUGAAGAUCAUUCACCAGAAUGGCUACACGACGGAAGAACUCUUCAGCUGGAGACCAACUGUGUACAAAAAUGUUAUCCAAUCCAUCAAAACGCUGGUCACUGCAGCGGGUUUAAUGGGCAUUUGUUUUCAAGAACCUCGGAACGGGGCUUACGCGCAGCAUGUCAUGCAGUUUACCAUUGCCGACAUAACGUCCCCACUUACACCAGAGAUCGUUGAAGCCAUCGUCAGUUUAUGGAGUGACCCUGCCAUCACCCAGCUAUUGGAUCAUAAUGGAAGUGAUUUUUAUCUCAUGGAUUCUGCCCCUUAUUUUUUCAGUGAAGUUCGAAGAAUUGGCAAACAAGACUAUAUGCCCACUGUUCACGAUGUGCUGCGAGCUCGUCAAAAGACGACCGGUAUAAUGGAGACGAGGUUCACCAUGGGCCAAUUGAACAUACAUAUGUUUGAUGUGGGUGGCCAGCGUUCAGAACGGAAAAAAUGGAUCCAUUGCUUUGAGUCAGUUACAUCCAUCAUCUUUUGUGUGGCAUUGAGCGAAUAUGACCAGGUGCUUCUGGAAGCAUCCGGCCAGAAUCGUAUGUUGGAGAGUCUGGUCCUCUUUGAAUCUGUCAUCAAUAGUCGCUGGUUCCUGAGAUCAUCCAUUAUCUUUUUUCUUAAUAAGGUGGAUGUCUUCAAGGUCAAGAUACUGCGAGUGCCACUUGAAAAGUAUUUUUCUGACUAUGCUGGAGGCACAGAUGUCAAUAAGGCAGCAAAAUACAUAUUAUGGCGGUUUAGUCAAGUGAACCGAGCCAAGCUGAAUAUUUAUCCACACUUGACGCAAGCAACAGAUACCUCCAAUAUUCGCCUGGUGUUUGCAGCUAUUAAAGAGACUAUAUUACAGAACGCUUUGAAAGAUUCUGGUAUAUUAUAGACGAAACUGCAUCCAACCCUCCCCCCUUAUUUCUUCACAAAAAGCAUAUACCAUUUUCACCCUUGUAUAUCCCUCUCUAGUAUUCACGUCUUUUGUAAUAAGAAUACUUUUUGCCCUCAA